CUGCACUCUUUAAAUUUCCUACGAGUAGAGCAAAAGCAUUUCAUCAUCCAGUCCAGCCACGAUGAGCUCUGAAGAUGUUAAGUGCAGCUCAAAAACAAAGCCCCUCCACUUUCUUCUUAUCCCUUUGAUGCAACAAGGUCAUAUGAUCCCCAUGGUCGAUCUAGCUAGACUACUUGCAGCCCAUGACGCCCUCGUUACUUUUGCCACUACGCCGGUCAACUUAAAUCGCAUCCGUCCCAUCAUCGAUCAAGCCACCGCCUCCAGCCUACCUAUUCGCUUCGUUGAACUCCGCUUCCCAGUUGUUGAUGUUGGCCUCCCUGAAGGUUGCGAAAGUGUUGACCUCCUCCCCUCCGUGGAUCUUAUACUCCCUUUUCUGAAUGCUCUAUCCCUCCUCCGCGACCCGCUUGAGGCCUACCUACGCAUUCCAGACAAGGCUGGAUGGCCCAAGCCUGCUUGUCUCAUCUCUGACAACCUCCAACAUUGGACUGUUGAUGUCGCGCAGUCCCUCAACAUUCCCCGUCUCAUCUUCCAUGGCCCAUCUUGUUUCUUCAUCUUGUGCGAUCUCCUCAUCAAUCGACACAGAGCUGAGCUUGAGGCUGCAGUGGCGGCAGCGUCAGAUGGGUUCACCAUGCUUCAGGGCCUCCCACAUCCCAUUCGAAUAAGUAAGCACGAGGUGAUCACGCUCUCGCCCUCAGACCCUGACAAGUCCAAAUACAUGGAAACAAUUCGAUCGGCAGAAGAAUUUGCCGACGGUGUGCUUGUCAACAGCUUCAUGGAGCUUGAGCCUUGGUACUUUGAGAGGUACCGUAAGGAAAAGAGCAAGUCAGUGUGGCCUGUAGGGCCGCUCUCACUCUAUAAAGAAGAGCUUGAUGUCAAGGCGGCACGUGGGAGGGCUUCAUCUAUUGAUAACAAUAUCCUCUUCCAAUGGCUAGAUAGGCAAGAGAUUGGUUCAGUGGUGCUUGUGAGCUUUGGAAGCAUCAUAUGCAACACAAUGGCACAACUCAUUGAGCUGGGUCACGGGCUGGAAGCAUCCGGGCGACCAUUCAUUUGGGUGGUGAAGGAAGUGGUGGACAAGAAAGUCCCUGGGGCGGAGGAGUGGAUAACGGAGUUUGAGAAAAGGGUGGAGCGGAGGGGAAUGAUAAUAAGGGGGUGGGCGCCGCAGGCUGUGAUAUUGGGGCAUGUGGCGGUGGGUGGAUUUGUGACACAUUGCGGGUGGAACUCGAUAUUGGAGGCAUUGACGACGGGGGUGGUUAUGGCAACAUGGCCGCAUAUAUAUGACCAGUUCUUGAAUGAGCGAUUGGUAGUGGAGGUGUUUAAGAGUGGGGUGGCUGUUGGAAUCGAACCAACAGAUUAUUUAGAUGUAGAGAAUCGUACUGAAGUGGAGGUGAAAGUGAGGAGGGAGGAGGUUGAGAGGGUUGUGGAGAAUUUGAUGGGGGGCGGAGAGGCGGGGGAAGAGAGAAGGCAGAGAGCAAGGGAGCUUGGCAAGCAAGCAAGGGCAGCCAUGGAGGAAGGGGGGUCUUCAUGGAAGGGAUUGCAAGAUGUAAUCAACUAUGUAUCAGAACAUCAGAGAAAGUACCAAGAGGCAAACAUUUCAUGCUAAUAAAUUUUUAAAAGAAACUUCUUUUCAUGGCUA